AUGUUCAUAAAACUUUCUUCUACAAAUUCAACCUCGAUAUUCUGGCUCCCAAUAUUCUUCUACAAUGAGCCAUAUUGGGCUCAAUGUGCAAUUUCUUCGGCCGAGCUGCCAUUUUAUAUGCUCAGCGCAUACGUGGUAUUUGUAAGCUGCAGAAUAAUGCUGAAAAUUCAAUUAUUUCAUGACAACCUUAUGUAUAUUGGAGUUCCAAUGUUCGGUUCCUGGUUUUUGCUGAUCGCCGGGAAACUUAUUACUAUUCUGUAUAGAGUGCGAAUUCUCAAUGUGGAGAGCGUAAAAAUUCAUGAAAAUUGGGUAUUCUGGACUGAUGAGCCGGAGAAAAUGCUCAAUGUGCAAAGUUUGGAUGGUUUAGUGCCACUUUUGGUUGCCGGAUUUUUGGAGAUUCAUUUUGGGUUUUCAGUGAUUUUUGUGGGCUUGGCAAUUGUCACGGAACGGGUUAUAGCGUCAAUGUUGAUAGACAAUUACGAACAAAGCACCAGCCUUCUUAUUCCAAUAUCUUUCAUUAUUAUUUAUCAGUUUUUGGCAAUUUCCAUUUCACUGGGUAUACUGUUCAAUAUACUCGGGUUAUACGUACUAAAUGCCUCGUGGAUUUUGUGUAUUCUAAUUGGGACUAUUAUGUACUACUAUAUCAGAAAAAUCAAUACAAAAUGGCUACAGGAAAUGCAAAAUCCGAAUAGGAAGCGAGUUUUUACAGUUUCUCAACAAUUUCAAGUCAGGGAGAAUUUGGGAGCAAUUGCGAUUGGCAAGCGGUUAGUUUUUGUAGUUCUCGCCACAAUUGUUGUAAUGGGAUUUGGAAUUGUGGCAUUAGUAUUAGAAAUAACGGUUUUGUUUUUCAUGCAUUUUGGGGAGAAUACACUGUUUUGCUACCCAUUAUACAUAUUUCUUGUGGUGAUGAAUGGUCAUCCAGCGUGGAAGCAAGAGUUUAGAAAAUAUUUUCCGAAAAUAAAAAUUUUCAAGAAAGUCCGCCCAGGAUUAGUGAGUGUGGAGAUUGUGGAGGAUCAGAAGAAAAAGCUUUCAUUGGAAACUGACACGUAUUUUCGUCAAUUGAAGAGCGCCUGGACUUGA